AUGAUUUCCAUGGAGCCCCCUGCUUUGUCGGUGGCCAUUUCCGACGACCUUGCAACUGCCGUUGAGUUCAAGACAUAUGAAACCAGUGUCGCGAUUAUCGAGAGAACAGGAUGGCGAAUCCAACAGCCCAUUCCGUGGACAAAACAGUCCGAGAAGGGAGCAAUUAGUUUUUUGAGCGAUCCCUCUCCGAGAGACAAGCGCAAAUUACUCAAAAACAACCGGUUCAGAAUCCUCCUAGUUGAAACUCCUAACACGACAACCUCCUACCAACUAACAACCAUCACAACUGCCGCAAAAGCAGUCGGUUACAUAACUGAGCGUUUCGAUUUCUUCCUCAAAAACGACACGGCGGGCUCCGCGAUCCUCGAAGAUCCCGCAACAGGCAUCAAUUUCAUCGCUCAAACCCCGCAGGAUGACGGAUAUCCGUUCUUCGCUUUAUCUCUCAACCACCGACCACAAGAAUCCCACUCCCGCGGUAUCGACUGGGAAUGUUUACUUUUUGUCCGCCCCAGCAGUCUCUGGCACGACUCUGCGGAGCAUCUGCUUUGCCACGAUCCAUUUCCACAUGAUUCUCCCGCGCCGAUCCCGGCUGAUCUCAUGGUCCUCCCUGUCGUUUUGCUGAGCUGGCAGGUAGAGCAAAUCAUGACGGAAGUGAAUGAUAUCAAGCGCGCGCUGGUGGCACAGUAUCGGGCGUUGGUGAUUGGAGAAAUUGUGCAGCUUGAGGAAUUAAGGAGGGCGAGGGAUGAGCUGUUUAGAACGUGGCAAAAGAAUUUGUUUCUGAAGCGCAGGUGGGAUUUUGCUCAGGAGUUAGCUGGUAAUCUGCUUAUUGCGUUUGGGCUGCUCGAAAGACGAUACUUGCAUGGUCCAGGUUCGAAUUACCAUGAGAUGAUCGGGGCACAAGGAGUUUACUCGCCGACACUGAUGGUGAGAGUCUCAAACCAGAAGGCGAUUCUGAAGAGUGUCAUUCACGAUAUUGAUACUACGGCGUCGAGAAUUGAGUCACAGCAGAAGCUGGUUGACGACCAAACCAACGCUGUGACUAUUUUUAGCAUGGGCUUUUUCAACUGGAACAUGAGUCGAGAGGAUGGUGGCAGCUCUGCUGUCGUUUCAAAUUGGAUCGGGCUGUACUUUGCCCUAUCGGUCGCGUUAACUCUCAUCGUGGUCAUCAUCUGGAAAGUGGUCUCUCAGUGCGAGGAACGCAAGCGGAAGAAGAUCUGGGCUGGGAAGAUAGUAUAG